AGUCACCAUUAUCGAAUCCAUCCAAAAUGAGCGGAAGCAAGAUUCAAGUAGCAGCAGUCCGUGAGGAGGUCAAGACCCUCCUCAGCGCCUCGACCGGCGAGCAGAAGCGCAAGUUCGUCGAGACCGUCGAGCUCCAGAUCGGUCUCAAGAACUACGAUCCCCAGCGUGACAAGCGUUUCUCGGGAACCAUCAAGCUGCCCAACAUCCCCCGCCCCAAGAUGACCGUUGCCAUUCUCGGUGACGCUCACGAUUGCGACAAGGCCAAGAACAUUGAGAUGCCCUUCCGCUCCGCCGAGGACCUCAAGAAGCUCAACAAGAACAAGAAGCUGAUCAAGAAGCUGGCUGCCUCGUACGACGCCUUCCUUGCCUCCGAGACCAUGAUCAAGCAGAUCCCCCGUCUGCUCGGCCCCGGUCUCCACAAGGCUGGUAAGUUCCCCACCCCCGUCAGCCACGGCGAUGACCUUAACUCCCGUGCCGACGAGAUCCGCGCCACCAUCAAGUUCCAGCUCAAGAAGGUUCUGUGCCUGGCCGUCGCUGUUGGUAACGUCAACAUGACCGAGGACGAGCUCCUGGGUAACAUCAUGCUUGCCGUUAACUUCUUGGUCUCCCUGCUCCGCAAGCGCUGGCAGAACAUCAAGUCGCUCUACAUCAAGAGCACCAUGGGCAAGCCCCACCGUCUGUACUAAGCCUUGGCGGCAGUACACGCGAGUGUUGGUGGAUCAAUGAGGAGCGUUGGUAAUGGCGACUUCCGCUCAUUCCGUUUAUAUAAAAACAACCCUGUGCUCCUGGCGAUUAAUUUUUUUAGGUUGCGCGCGCUUUAGCGUGCGUGUGUCUUUUCAUUUUGUCUUCUCUUGUACAGUUACCAAAGCGCUUUCCGGGUCUUGUGUUUCUCCUCUUCUGGGCUUUUCUAUGUCUGGAUGCGGGAGGAGUGGGGAAAGUGAGGACUCGCUCUUUGCUUUUCUUUGCCCGGAACUGUGUCUCUUGGGAGCUUUUCAGCGCUCUUUAUUUUGACAUCAAUACCACGAAUCUUGACCAUUUACAAA